AUGUCAACAAGAUCAACUACACGACAUCGCACAUCAUCUCAUCCUGCUCACACACAUACACCAACACCGCCUCUACAGCGCACAUCCUCUCGGCCUGGAUCGUCCCGACCCGGUACACCGUCGCUCAUCUCUCGUGGAGAUAUACCCUUCUCACGCAAGACAUCAUCAUCGACCCCACAGAAGUCUCCUGUGCCUCCUCAACCUCAUCAACUUCCUACUCCCAUGUCUGAACAACCUACUACGCCAACACCUAAGAAGACCCGUCGUCCAAAGAGGGGCAGCAAGCCUUCUCAACAGAGGAACGUCAUAGUGGGUAGUGAACCUGAAUUGGGUAUCGAUCAAGAACCUUCGUCUGAAGAUGAAGAGAUGCUUUUUGAUCUUCUUGGCGUUACCUCUCCUCCAAAACACUCACCUAAACGGGGCGUACUGAACCUGUCGAAAGAUGAUAUGGAUGUCGCCCUUGGCAAAAGGUCUAAAUCCCCUCGCAACAGAGUUAGAACAGAUCUUAUCUCGAAUGAUCACGAUGGGGGUGAAUUAGGUAAACAUCCAAGAAAUGAAAAUUCUCCCGCACCCAAUAGUAGGAAGAAUGUGAAUAGGAAGAAUCAAAGAUUAAAGAGGUCCGAGAUUAGUGAUGAGAGAGGUAUCAAUUCAGAAGGAGAUGUACCGAGCAAAGGAAACAGGGGAAGAAAGAAAGGCACCAAAGCCCCUUUCCCUUCGUUCCAACUGGAUGGUGACGCUAGUUCUGCCCAUUUAGAAUUGGGCAAAGAUGAUAGUCUACCUUCCAAAUCGAGAUCGUCCGGAUUGCUAAGUAAUACCAAACCAAAACAUCUACCUAAACACCAAUCGUCAUCUCAAGUACCUAUUACGGAAGAAGUCGCUUACUCGUCGUUCGAUACCUCCUCGUUGAGCAAAUCACUUCCUGCUCGAGGGGGUCUCGCUCAACCUCAGCCUCAGCCUGCCAAGAAGAAGAACGGGAAGAUCAAGAAUAGCAGUGAGGACGAAAGUGCUGUUUGGGAGAUGCCUCCUGUCGCAGGUGGUCAGGAGUUGACUUGGCAACAAAAACUCCAAUCAUCUACUACUUCCGACCCUUCAUCUCAUUCGACCGCUUCAUCACCUCUAAAGAGCAAUAAGUCUACUCCUUCCGACAAGAAGAAACCCAACCGAUGUGCACCAUUCCAACAGACAGCACAACCAGCCGUAUCGUCUCCUCUGAAUCCUCGUCCAUCACAUAACAGACGUGCGUCAGUCGAUGGUGUACCAUCGGCCUCGGCUACAGCUUCUUCUGGAGGUGGAGAUAGGACCAUUUCGGCAUUCGAUUCGCAUAUCCCUUUUCAUACGGGAUACAAUGUCCAUAGAGCUCCUCAAACGCCCGCUAAAGGAGUCGCAUCGGCACAUGGUAAUAUAUCAGAUAACAUUUUACCUAUAGUUGGAUCGGGUGAAUUCCCUAGAUUGAGAGAUCAUAGUUUUAGUGAUUUACUUCAACAAAGGAAAGGUAGUUUGACAGCUACCAAUCCGAACUCGAAUUCGACUACAGCCGCUUUCAGUGCUAAAUAUGCUGGACCAACGUUCCAUAAUUCACCCAAUGCUGCUAGUCUGUCGAAACCGGAUUUGGAAGAUUUUUAA